UGUCUCGUGCACUAGUUCGCGAUCCGUCAAUCAAGCCCAUAAUGAAGGUCUCGUUAAUGCAGCAGAGCAGCUGAGGGGACGAGAGCAGAUUGAGAAGAAACCGCAGGUUGGCUGCGUUUGCAGCCCAGAGAGGAGAGGGAAAGAUGCCUUCUCCAUCAUUUACCCUCGAUGCUCAGCUGAGAUUUCAUGACAAAUGGCUGAAGAUAGACCUGCAGCGGGCUUUUUCUCCAGAGGGUCUGAGUGAGAUGUGGAAUGAGAUGGUAAAAGAUGAGGAGAUAACAUUCAACGGAGAAGAAUCAGCUCACCCAGAAGACUGCACUGACUGUUUUGGAGCUCAGAAGAAGGAUGAGCCCAAUGACAAAGAGAAGAAGGAAGAGGAGGAGACGUCGACGUCGGUGCAUCACUCCAUCAUUGAGACAUGGGACUGGGGACGGCAGCCAGAUGACAAGGAACUGAAGGACUGCCUGAUGGUUCUGGUUGAGGACCAGCAGAAGCUCUCUGCUCAGAUGGCCAAAAGCACCCUGUCUGCCCAGCGUCUGCGUCAGCGUCUCGUCAUCCUGGAGCGCUAUCUCAUCUCUCUCAGCCACAGCAUGAUGGAGGAGAAGUACAAGGUCCGCUGGAAGACGCCCCCCAGCCCACCACUGCCAGCUGCUGACAACAAGAGCCCUCGUCCGGCCAGUAAAGGUGUGGAAGGUUUGGCCAGAGUCGGCUCCAGGGCAGCUCUUUCUUUUGCCUUUGCUUUCCUUCGCCGGGCGUGGAGAUCAGGAGAUGAUGCAGAUCUUUGCAGUGAGUUGCUUCAGGAGUCUCUGGAUGCCCUGCGAGCGCUGCCCGAGGCGACACUGUUUGAUGAGGGAACUGUGUCAUCAGUGUGGCUGGAGGUUGUCGAGAGGGCCACAAAGUUCCUGAGUGAUGUACAUGGAAGUGCCAGCAUCAAAUGUAACAUUCCUCUUCAGGAUCAACAUCUAGCCUUGGCCAUCCUGCUGGAGCUGGCUGUUCAGAGGGGAACACUCAGUCAGCUGCUGUCUGCUGUUCUGCUGCUUUUGCGUCUGUGGGAAAGUGGCACCAGAGAGAUGGACAACGAGCGCUCCACGCAGGGAACCAGUGCUCCAUUACUGCCCCUCCUGCAGCGCUUUCAGAAUAUACAUAGCAGCAAGGAGGAGCCCGUUCCUGAAGAGGAAGCUGAGAUCCUCACAGCCCCUCUGAGUCCAAAUGAGAGUUUCCUGCGAUACUUGACGUUGCCUCAGGAUAAUGACCUGGCAAUCGAUCUUCGUCAGACUGCUGUAGUAAUCAUGGCUCACCUGGACCGCCUAGCUUCUCCUUGCAGCCCUCCACACUGCAACUCGCCUACGUCACACAAGGGAACCUUGCAGGAAGUGAUUGCCUGGGGCCUCUUGGGUUGGAAACUUUACGCCAACGUUAAUGGACCCAUUCAGUGCAAAGCCCUGUCGAGCCUCGGGGUCACACAGAUUGUCUGUUCAGAAAAGGGGUUUCUUAUCCUUUCCAGCAGCGGUGCUGUUUACAGCCAGAACUACAAGAGCACAACCCUGGCUCCCAUGCUAAUCCACGUUCUAAGCUCCAGAAAGAUUGUGAAACUUGCAGCUCAUCCUGACGGGCAGCAUUACUUGGCCCUAUCGUCCAACGGGGAGGUGUUCUCCUGGGGGUGCGGUGAUGGUGGCCGGCUUGGACAUGGAGAUACCACAUACCUAGAAGAACCUAAAAUGAUUGGAACCUUCAAUGGAAAACAGGCCGGAAAGCAUGUGGUGCAUAUUGCUUGUGGGAGCACAUACAGUGCUGCGAUCACUGCUGAUGGCGAGCUCUAUACAUGGGGAAGAGGGAACUAUGGUCGGCUUGGCCACGGCUCCAGUGAGGACCAGACUACACCCAUGGUAGUGACGGCAUUCAAAGGGCUGAAGGUGGUGGAUGUGGCAUGUGGGAGUGGUGAUGCCCAAACUCUUGCUGUGACAGAGAAUGGUCAGGUGUGGUCCUGGGGUGAUGGAGAUUAUGGUAAACUGGGCCGAGGAGGCAGUGACGGCUGUAAGACGCCCAAGCUGGUGGAGAAGCUGCAGGAUCUGGACAUAGUAAAGGUGUGCUGCGGAAGCCAGUUUUCAGUAGCCCUCACCAAAGAUGGGCAGGUGUACACCUGGGGGAAGGGAGACAACCAGCGCCUUGGUCACGGCACCGAUGAGCAUGUCCGAUACCCAAAGCUGCUUGAUAGUCUACAGGGAAAGAAAGUUGUGGACGUAGCUGUGGGGUCGACACACUGCUUGGCCCUCACUGAUGAUGGAGAGGUGCUCAGCUGGGGCAGCAAUGACAAGCUACAGCACUUUGAUACGCUCUUUUCCAAUAAGAAGCAGCCUAAAGCUCUCCCGGGGCUCAACUCCAAACACAUAGUUGGAAUCUCCUGUGGACCCGGGCAGAGCUUUGCCUGGUCCUCGAGCUCCGAGUGGUCUGUGGGGAAACGUGUGCCCUUUGUGGUGGAUGUUUGCCCCAUGAGUUUCGAGCAGUUGGACUUGCUCCUGCGGCAGGUCAGCGAGGGCAUGGAUGGCAGCUCAGACUGGCCCCCUCCGCAGGAGAAGGAGUGCAUGGUAGUCGCCACACUCAACCUGCUCAGGCUCCAGUUGCAUGCAGCCAUCAGCAAUCAGGUGGAUCCAGAGGAGCUGGGGCUGGGCCUUGGAAGUGUGCUGCUCAACAACCUGAAACAAACAGUGGUGGUGCUAGCUAGCAAUGCUGGGGUCCUCAACACAGUUCAAGCAGCUGCCCAGGCUGUCCUCCAGAGCGGCUGGUCCGUGCUGCUACCCACAGCUGAGGAAAGGGCAAGGGCUCUGUCCUCACUCCUGCCUAAUGCUGCAUCUGGAAAUGAGAUGAGUGUGAGUCCCGGCCGGCGCUUCAUGAUUGACCUGUUGGUCAGCAGCUUAAUGGCUGAUGGAGGGUUGGAGUCUGCACUCAAUGCAGCCAUCACUGCUGAGAUACAGGACAUUGAAGCAAAGAAGGAGGCUCAAAAAGAGAAGGAGAUUGAUGAACAGGAAGCUAAUGCCUCCACCAUACACCGGUGUCGCACCAUGCUGGACAAAGACCUCAUCAACACGGGCAUCUAUGAGUCGGCAGGGAAGCAAAGCUUGCCCCUUGUGCAGCUCGUACAGCAACUCCUGAGAAACAUCGCCUCCCAGACCAUUGCAAGGCUAAAAGAUGUUGCUCGUCGCAUCUCAAAUUAUUUGGAGGCAGAGCAUGUCAGUAAGGAGCGCUCUGCAUCUCUGGACCUACUGCUGCGCUUCCAGAGGCUGCUGGUCAGCAAGCUUUACCUGGGAGUCAAUGGCACAGAAAAUGUUAAUGGAUACAAUCCUGAGCUCCUGGGUGUUGGUUCCUUGUUAAAAAAGUACAUCGCUUUGUUGUGCACUCACAUUGGAGACAUCCUCCCAGUGGCAACAAGUAUCGCUUCUACUGGUUGCCGCCACUUUGCCGAGGUCUCUCGUGUCAUCGAAGGAGAUCUAACUGGAGUGCUUCUCCCUGAGCUGGUGGUGUCCAUCAUCCUUCUCCUCACCAUUGACGCUGGUCUGAUGCAGGAGACCGGCUCAAUCCCUCUCCUGGCUGGACUCCUGGAACACUUGGACCGUUUCAACCACCUGGCUCCAGGACACGAGAGGGACGAUAAUGAGGAUCUGGCCUGGCCAGGAAUUAUGGGGUCUUUCUUUACAGGGCAGAGCUCCAAGAACAAUGAGGAGGUUUCACUCAUCCGCAAGGCUGACCUGGAGAAUCACAACAAAGAUGGCGGCUUUUGGACUGUAAUAGAUGGAAAAGUGUAUGACAUCAAAGACUUUCAGGCCCAGUCCCAGUCACUAACAGGAAACAGUAUCCUGGCCCAGUUUGCAGGAGAGGACCCUGUGGUUGCUUUGGAAGCUGCUCUGCAGUUUGAAGACACUAGAGAGUCCAUGCAGGCCUUCUGCGUUGGCCAAUAUAUGGAGCCUAACCAGGAGACGGUCACUACUCCAGACCUCAGCAGCCUUUCUUCUCCACUUAUUGACACUGAGAGGAACAUGGGGCUGCUCCUGGGUCUGCACGCCUCCUACUUGGCCAAGAGCACCGCCCUGUCCCCCAUGGAGAUUGAAUGUGCCAAAUGGCUCCAGUCCUCCAUAUUUUCAGGGGGUCUGCAGACCAGUCAGAUCCACUACAACUACAAUGAGGAGAAGGACGAAGACCACUGCAGCUCCCUGGGCACAACCACUCCUGAUAAGGCCAAACUUUAUUCCCGCAGAAUAACUCUCAGCGAUCACGCACAGCCUUUCUUGCAGGCCAUUGCUGACAACAACACUCAGGACCAUACUGUGAAGGACUUCCUAUGCCAAAUAGAGCGCUGCUGUAAGCAGUACCAUCUUAUUGCGCCCAUCACCUUCCUCCCAGAGCACCCUGUGGAAGAAGUUGGUCGCCUGCUGCUCUGCUGCCUCCUCAAGCAUCAAGACCUCGGUCACGUUGCGCUCUCACUUGUCAGUCAAUGUGCCUUGGGUGUGGACCAAGGAAAGCAGAGAUCCCUCCCUAAAUCUGUGAUUGACGUAUGCCGCAUGGUCUACCAGGCAAAGUGUUCUCUAAUUAAGACCCAUCAGGACCAAGGCCGCUCUUAUAAGGAGGUGUGCGCCCCUGUUAUUGAGCGUCUGCGCUUUUUAUUUAAUGAGCUGCGUCCAGCUGUAAGCAACGACCUGUCUAUAGUGUCCAAACUGAAGCUGCUGAGCUCCCAGCCACGCUGGAGGAGCAUCACCCAGAAGCUCAUCAGGGAUCGUAGGAAAAAAAGAGUGCCUAAGAAAUCAGAGUCUGCUGAUAUUGAAGAGCCAAAGCUGGAGAAUGAAGGGACCAAUGAAGAGGAACUUAAUGUUCACAUCAGCCCCGCUCCUGCUGACAGGAAAUCACCCACUGACAAAACAGCCAAGCAAGACAAGUGGCAGCCGCUUCUUAACACUGUGGCCAGCGUCCAGAAGUAUCGCUGGCUGAAGCACAGCGUUCAAGGUGCUUUCUCUCAGUCCAGCCUCAUGGCCACCAUUGUGGACUUUGCACUGAAAGAGGAGCCACUGGAUGUGGAGAAAAUGAGGAAGUGUCUUCUCAAGCAGCUGGAGAGGGCUGAAGUGAGACUGGAAGGCAUUGACACCAUGCUGAAGCUGGCCUCUAAAAGCUUCUUGCUGCCGUCUGUGCAGUAUGCAAUGCUCUGCGGCUGGCAAAGAAUCAUACCAGAAGGGACCAACAUUGGAGAGCCCUUGUCUGAUUGCCUGAAGGAUGUAGAUCUGAUCCCUCCCUUCAACCGCAUGCUUUUGGAGGUGACGUUUGGAAAGUUGUAUUCCUGGGCCAUCCAGAACGUUCGUAACAUCUUGCUUGAAGCAAGUGCUCGCUUCAAAGAGCUAGGUGUGCAGCCAGUUCCUUUACAAACCAUCACAAACGAGAACCCGGCGGGACCAAGCCUUGGAACCAUUCCGCAGGCCCGCUUCCUUCUGGCCAUGAUACACAUGCUGUCCCUGAAACACGGCUCUAACAGUCUCAGUCUGUUGCUGAAUUCAGGGAUAUUGGCCCUCACUCAGAGUAUUCUCAGACUGAUAGGACCGAGUACAGACAGCAGUGAUGAGGACCUGAGUUUAUGUGCACAUGGAGGCUCAGCGACAGUCCUGGAGGAGUCCAGAAAAGAGGCAGCUCCCGCCCCUCUACCUGCCUCUGGCCCAGAGCUGGCUGCCAUGAUGAAGAUAGGUACCAGAGUCAUGAGGGGAGUCGACUGGAAAUGGGGCGAUCAGGACGGCCCAGCACCAGGUCUUGGCAGGGUCAUUGGGGAGCUGGGUGAGGACGGUUGGAUCAGGGUUCAGUGGGAUACAGGCAGCACCAACUCCUACAGGAUGGGCAAAGAGGGAAAGUAUGACCUUAAACUUGCAGAGCCACCACCAGCAGCCCAGCCCCCUGUUGAGGACUCGGACACAGAGGACGACACAGAGGGAGAGCUGAUUGAGAAGAGCAGCCAUCCUACGGCAAUGAUGCUAACCAGCACAGUCAACCUGCUGAAGACACUGUCACUCUCAGCUGGGAUCCAUGCUGAGGUGCUCCAGUCAGAUGCUACACGGACCCUGUGUGGCCUUCUCAGGAUGCUUGUGGAAAGUGGCGCUAAUGACAAGUCUGGCUGUCACGCGCACAGAUUGGUGUCUCGGGAGCAGCACAGGAGCUGGUGUACCCUCGGCUUCAUACGCAGCAUUGCUCUCAUGCCGCAGAUGUGCAGCACCCUCAGUACCUCCGCGUGGAUCGGACUGCUCAUCCGAAUUGUUGAGGGACACCAAUCUUUCAAUGCUAUUACCUUGCAGAGACAGAUCUUGGCUCUACGUCUCCUUCAGGCGGUCCUGCCUUCAUGGGACAAAACGGAGCGCUCUCAGGACAUGAAGUUCCUGGUGGAGAAGUUGUUUGGCUUUUUGGGAAGCUUGCUGAGCACCUGCUCAUCAGACCUGCCACUCCUCCGAGAAGGUUCCCUGAGAAGGAGGAAGUCCCGCCCACAGGCGUCUCUAACAGCCACUCACAGCAGCACGCUGGCAGAGGAGAUUGUGGCUGUCCUGCGUACUCUGCACUCUCUCAGUCAGUGGAACAGCCUGAUAAAUGAUUACAUCAACAACCAGCUGAGCUCCAUCGCAGAUGUUAUGGCAAGCUGCCAAUCUGAAGCGAACUGUCAGUGUUUCCUGGAGGAGUGUUUCCCUGAUUUGGAGGGUCCCAGAGUGGGCAGUCUGAUGGCAGUGCUGGCGGUGAUUGGUGGGAUCGACGGGCGCCUCAGGCUUGGUGGCCAAGUCGUUCACGAGGAGUAUGGAGAGGGAACGGUCACACGCAUCACCCCAAAAGGGCGCAUCACUGUCCAGUUCCAUGAGAUGAGAACCUGCAGAGUUUGCUUGCUCAGCCAUCUUAAAACGCUUCCUGCCAUAUCCUUCAGUGUGCAGAACCUGCCAUUCACUGAACCCAUGUUGGCUGUUUGGGCCCAGCUGGUCAGCCUGGCUGGAAGCAAACUGGAAAAACAACGCAUGAAAAAGUCACUUAGCCGAGGGCUUACAGCCGACCAGGUGGACCUCUCUUUGCUGCGGUGCCAGCAGCUGAGGCUUUAUGUUUUAAAGGCAGCUCGGGCCCUGCUGUCUCAUCAGGACAAACUCAGGCAGAUCCUCUCCCAACCUGCAGUGGUGGACAUAGGACCCAAUCCCAGUGAGGAUCCAGUGGCUUCAUCUCCUGAUGUGGGCGACUUGUCUCCUGAGGGACCUCUGCCUCCACUGAUUCUCCUGCAGCAGCUGCUUUCUGCCGCCACACAGCCUUCUCCCAUCAAAGCCAUUUUUGACAGGCAAGAGAUGGAGGCGGCAGCUCUGGCAGUGUGUCAGUACCUGGCUGUGGAAUCUGCCCACCCAUCCUCGCCGCUGUUUGAGGAAAGCAGCUCUAGUGAAGCCACCACACCCAUCACCACGCAGCACAUCAGACCACCCAAACAGAAGAAACAGAAGUCCUCCACUAUCCCGCCCUUACCGAUAGUUGGCCAGCUCAUGGAGAUGGGAUUCCCUCGGAAAAACAUCGAGUUUGCCUUGAAAUCUCUGUCUGGGACUACAGGCAAUGCCUCCGGUAUCCCAGGUGUUGAGACUCUGGUGAGCUGGCUGCUCGACCAUCCAGACGUUCAUGUCACUGAGCUGUCAGAUGCCGACACUGUGUCUGAUGAAUACUCAGAUGAGGAGGUGCUGGAGGAGCUGGAGGAGGCAGAGCCGGCAUUCUCUGUGCCUUCAGGUGCAGUUGUGACUGAAAGCCAGAUAUUUAAGAAGAGAUCUGAUUUCCAAAGCAACGAUGAUUACGCUGUUUAUGUGAGAGAGAACAUUCAGGUGGGGAUGAUGGUGAAGUGCUGCAGAACGUACGAGGAAGUGUAUGAUGGCGAUGUGGGCAAAGUGAUUAAGCUGGACAGAGAUGGGCUUCAUGACUUGAACGUGCAGUGUGACUGGCAAAAUAAAGGAGGAACAUACUGGGUUCGCUACAUCCACAUCGAGCUGCUUGGAUUCCCACCACAGAGUUCUCCUUCUCACAUAAAGAUUGGUGACAAAGUGAGGGUAAAGCCCACAGUCACAACACCAAAGUACAAGUGGGGCUCUGUCACACACAGGAGUGUGGGGGUGGUUAAAGCUUUCAGUGCCAAUGGAAAAGACGUGAUUGUCGACUUUCCACAGCAGUCCCACUGGACUGGUUUGUUGUCUGAGAUGGAACUGGUCCCCAGUGUUCAUCCUGGAGUGAGAUGUGACGGCUGCCAGAUGUUUCCUAUUAAUGGCCCCAGAUUUAAAUGUAAAAAUUGCGACGACUUUGACUUCUGUGAAAACUGCUUCAAGACACGCAAACACAACACCAGACAUUCCUUUGGCAGGAUCAAUGAGCCUGGCCAGUCUCCGGCUUUCUGUGGCCGUUCAGGAAAACAGCUAAAGAAGCACCACAGCAGCCAGCGUGGGAUGCUGAUUGACGAUUGGUCUCGAGCCGUCAAGAGCCUCAACGUGUCGUCAUCGGUUAACCAGGCUUCGCGCCUCAUCGACUGCAGUGAUCAGUGUUGGCAGUCCUCUGGCUCACAGGGGAAGCACUGGAUUCGUCUUGAGCUUUUCCCAGACGUUCUUGUUCACAGGCUGAAGAUGAUCGUAGACCCGGCGGACAGCAGCUACAUGCCCUCGUUAGUGGUGGUGUCAGGUGGAAACUCUUUGAACAACUUAAUUGAACUCAAGACAAUUAACAUCAAUCCCACUGACACCACUGUCCUUCUCCUUUGUGACUGCACUGAGUAUCACAGGUACAUUGAGAUUGCAAUCAAGCAAUGCCGCAGCUCUGGUAUCGACUGCAAGAUUCACGGACUCGGCAUUGUGGGACGCAUUAGAGCUGAGGAUGAAGACCUGGCUACAGUCCCUUUCCUGGCCUCUGACAAUGAAGAAGAGGAUGAUGAAAAAACAGCAGCUGGGAGUUGUUCACAGAUCAAAGUGCCAUCCUUCUCCGAAACCCUGUCUGCACUCAAUGUGGUGCAAGUGGCCGGUGGCUCCAAAAGCCUCUUUGCAGUGACUGUCGAGGGGAAGAUUUACGCAUGUGGUGAGGCAACUAAUGGCAGAUUGGGUUUGGGCCUCUCCAGUGGGACCAUCCCAAUCCCCCGUCAGAUCACCGCCCUCAGUAACUACGUGAUAAAGAAGGUCGCUGUGCAUUCAGGAGGACGCCACGCUAUGGCCCUGACUGUGGACGGGAAGGUGUUUUCCUGGGGCGAAGGAGACGACGGCAAGCUUGGCCACUUUAGUAGAAUGAACUGUGACAAGCCCCGGCUUAUUGAGGCGCUGAAGACGAAGCGCAUCCGUGACAUCGCCUGUGGAUUUGUGUUCUCCUGGGGGGAUGGGGACUUUGGGAAGCUGGGUCGUGGAGGAAGCGAAGGCUGCAACGUACCACAGAACAUCGAAAGGCUCAACGGGCAGGGUGUCUGCCAGAUUGAGUGUGGAGCACAGUUCUCCCUGGCUCUCACUAAAUCUGGAGUGGUGUGGACCUGGGGCAAAGGCGAUUAUUUCCGGUUGGGCCACGGCACCGACGUCCAUGUGCGGAAGCCCCAGAUGGUGGAGGGACUGAGGGGCAAAAAGAUUGUCCACGUUGCUGUCGGAGCGCUGCACUGUCUGGCUGUCACAGACACAGGACAGGUGUAUGCGUGGGGUGAUAAUGACCACGGGCAGCAGGGAAAUGGUACUACCACAGUUAACAGGAAGCCCACCCUGGUUCAGGGUCUGGAGGGACAGAAAAUCACUCGGGUGGCAUGUGGCUCAUCCCACAGUGUGGCCUGGACCACAGUGGAUGUGACCACCCCCUCUGUUCAUGAGCCAGUUCUUUUCCAGACAGCCAGGGACUCCCUCGGAGCGUCAUACCUGGGUGUCCAGUCAGACAGUGACUCAUCAUCAGUGAGCAACAAGCUGAGUGGGCAGAGCAGCGUGAAGUCUAAUCGACCCUCACUGGCCAAAAUUCUCCUCAGUCUGGAUGGAAACCUGGCCAAACAGCAGGCUCUGUCUCAUGUGCUGUCAGCCCUUCAAAUCAUGUAUGCAAGAGAUGCAGUGGUGGGCGCACUCAUGCCGGCCAGCAUGAUCCUGCCAACAGAGUGUCCUUCCUCUUCACCUAUUCCCCCAUCAGACUCUUCAUCCUCAUCCAGCGUGAGCGAUGAAGAAGGUCCUCUUGUUCCACCAGAAGCUGAAGAGCGAGUCAGCCCAAAUCCCUGGCAAGACAAGAAGGGAGAGGUUCCCUCAUCUGAAGACGCUAUCACCCCGUCAUCAGCAGUAACUCCAUCAGCCUGUGGAGCCUCCUCACGUCCUUUCAUCCCUGUCACCGAUGACCCUGGAGCAGCCAGCAUCAUAGCUGAGACCAUGACGAAGACCAAAGAAGACUCUGAGAGUCAGAGCAAAGUGGUUGGUCCGGAGCCUCAGUACCUGGAUGAGUUCACCAGUCUGCUUGUACCGGAUGACACACGAGUAAUGGUGGACGUGUUGAAGCUUGCAGUAUCCUGUCGUUCUGGGGAGAAAGGCAAGGAGGUCCUGUCUGCAGUGCUGUCUGGCAUGGGCACAGCGUAUCCACAGGUUGCUGACAUGCUGCUGGAGUUGUGCGUCACUGAAUUGGAGGAUGUUGCUACAGAUUCUCAGAGCGGCCGUCUGUCCUCCCAGCCAGUCGUCGUAGAAAGCAGCCAUCCCUACACAGACGACACAUCGACCAGCGGCACCGUAAAGAUCCCAGGUGCCGAGGGUCUGAGGAUAGAGUUUGACCGACAGUGUUCGACCGAGAGACGCCACGACCCGCUAACAAUCAUGGAUGGAGCCAACAGGAUUGUCUCUGUCAGAUCAGGUCGGGAGUGGUCUGACUGGUCCAGUGAAUUAAGGAUCCCCGGAGAUGAACUCAAAUGGAAGUUUACCAGUGAUGGGUCGGUUAAUGGGUGGGGCUGGCGCUUCACAGUCUACCCCAUCAUGCCUGCAGCGGGUCCCAAAGACUUGCUGUCUGAUCGCUGUAUCUUGUCCUGCCCCUCCAUGGAUCUGGUCAUAUGUCUCCUGGACUUUAGGCUCAACUUUGCAUCCAAUAGGAGCAUCGUGCCCCGUCUAGCCGCUUCUCUUGCUGCUUGUGCUCAGCUCAGUGCUCUAGCUGCUGGUCACAGGAUGUGGGCUCUGCAGAGGCUACGGAAGCUUCUGACCACAGAGUUCGGUCAGUCAAUCAACAUAAACAGGCUGCUAGGCGACAGCGAAGGAGAGGCUCGCUCUAUGAGCUUCACAGGUAGUGCUCUGGCUGCUUUGGUCAAGGGGCUGCCUGAGGCUCUGCAGAGGCAGUAUGAGUAUGAAGACCCGAUUGUCCGCGGAGGGAAACAGCUGCUCCACAGUCCGUUUUUCAAGGUACUGGUUGCUCUUGCCUGUGACCUCGAGCUCGAUACCUUACCUUGCUGCGCUGAGACACAUAAGUGGGCCUGGUUCCGCCGAUAUUGCACUGCCUCCAGAGUGGCUGUGGCUCUAGAUAAGAGAACAUCUUUACCCAGACCUUUCCUGGAUGAGGUUACAAAGAAAAUUCGCGAGCUCAUGGCAGAUCACGAGAGCAUGAACACCCUGCACGAGAGUCACGACUUAUUCAAGCGCGAGCACGACGAGCAGCUCGUGCAAUGGAUGAACCGGCGCCCAGAUGACUGGACGCUUUCUGCCGGGGGGAGUGGCACCAUUUACGGCUGGGGGCACAACCACAGAGGGCAGCUAGGGGGCAUUGAGGGGGCAAAAGUCAAAGUACCUACAUCUACAGAAGCCCUCGCCACAUUGCGGCCAAUCCAGCUUAUUGGUGGGGAGCAGACUCUGUUUGCUGUCACUGCUGAUGGAAAGCUCUAUGCCACAGGAUAUGGUGCAGGGGGCAGGCUGGGUAUCGGUGGCACUGAGUCUGUGUCGACCCCAACCUUGCUGGAGUCCAUUCAGCACGUGUUCAUCAGAAAGGUGGCUGUGAACUCUGGAGGAAAGCACUGCUUGGCACUGUCCUCUGAGGGAGAAGUCUACUCAUGGGGUGAAGCUGAGGACGGAAAACUCGGCCAUGGGAACAGAAGCCCCUGUGACCGUCCCCGUGUGAUUGAGUCUCUGAGGGGAGUGGAAGUGGUGGAUAUUGCAGCCGGAGGAGCUCACAGUGCCUGCAUCACUGCCAGCGGAGAGCUCUUCACGUGGGGCAAGGGUCGCUAUGGACGCCUGGGACACGGAGACAGCGAGGACCAGCUUAAACCCAAGCUGGUGGAUGCACUGCAGGGUCACAGAGUCAUUGAUGUCGCCUGCGGCAGCGGGGAUGCCCAGACACUCUGUCUAACUGAUGAUGACAUGGUCUGGUCCUGGGGAGAUGGGGACUACGGCAAACUGGGCCGGGGAGGCAGUGAUGGCUGCAAAAUCCCCAUGAAGAUCGACUCUCUCACCGGCCUCGGAGUGGUCAAAGUCGAGUGUGGUUCGCAGUUUUCUGUGGCUCUCACGAAGUCUGGAGCUGUGUAUACGUGGGGAAAAGGUGACUACCAUCGGCUGGGCCAUGGCUCUGAUGACCACGUUCGAAGGCCCAGGCAGGUCCAAGGGCUACAAGGGAAGAAAGUCAUCGCCAUCGCUACGGGGUCCCUUCACUGUGUGUGCUGCACAGAGGAUGGAGAAGUGUACACAUGGGGUGACAACGAUGAAGGCCAACUUGGAGAUGGGACUACGAACGCCAUCCAGAGGCCGCGGCUGGUGGCUGCACUGCAGGGCAAGAAAAUCAACAGGGUGGCCUGUGGAUCUGCUCACACUCUGGCCUGGUCCACAAGCAAGCCCACUAAUGCAGGAAAGCUGCCUGCACAGGUUCCCAUGGAGUACAACCACCUGCAGGAGAUCCCGAUCAUGGCCCUGAGGAACAGGCUGGUGCUGCUGCAUCACAUCUCAGAGCUUUUCUGCCCGUGCAUACCGAUGUUUGACCUGGAGGGCCGGCUCGGUCAGACGGGCCAUGGCCCCUCGGUGGGAUUCGACACACUCAGGGGCAUUCUCAUCUCCCAGGGCAAGGAAGCGGCUUUCAGGAAGGUAGUUCAAGCCACGAUGGUGAGGGACAGACAGCAUGGACCUGUGGUGGAGCUGAACAGGAUACAGGUGAAGCGUUCCCGUAGCAAAGGAGGUCUGGCAGGUCCUGAUGGAACAAAGUCUGUAUUUGGUCAGAUGUGUGCCAAAAUGAGCUCUUUUAGCCCCGACAGCCUGCUGCUUCCUCAUCGCGUGUGGAAGGUCAAAUUUGUAGGGGAGUCUGUGGAUGACUGCGGUGGAGGCUACAGCGAGUCCAUCGCUGAAAUGUGCGAGGAGCUGCAGAACGCACUGACUCCUCUGCUCAUUGUCACCCCAAAUGGCCGCGACGAGUCGGGCGCCAACAGGGACUGCUUCCUGCUAAACCCCGCAGCCAAGUCCGCUCUUCACAUGAGCAUGUUCCGCUUCCUAGGAGUGCUCCUAGGGAUUGCAAUCCGGACUGGAAGCCCUCUUAGCCUGAAUUUGGCAGAGCCUGUUUGGAAACAGCUGGCAGGCAUGAAUCUGACCAUCGCUGACCUCAGUGAGGUUGAUAAGGAUUUUAUUCCUGGCUUGAUGUACAUUCGGGACAACGAGGCCACACCUGAGGAGUUUGAGGCCUUGACCCUGCCCUUUACCGUGCCCAAUGCCAGCGGCCAAGACAUCCAGCUCAGCUCCAAGUACUCCCACAUCACCCUGGAGAACCGUGCAGAAUACGUCCGCCUGGCCAUCAACUACAGACUCCACGAGUUUGAUGAGCAAGUGUCUGCAGUGCGUGAGGGAAUGGCUCGAGUGGUCCCCGUCCCCCUGCUGUCACUUUUCACUGGCUACGAGCUGGAAACAAUGGUGUGCGGAAGCCCGGACAUCCCGCUGCACCUGCUGAAGUCAGUGGCCACUUAUAAAGGGGUGGAGCCGACAGCACCUCUCAUUCAGUGGUUCUGGGACGUGAUGGAGUCCUUCUCAAACACAGAGAGGUCUCUAUUCCUGAGGUUCGUCUGGGGCCGCACACGUCUGCCACGCACCAUCGCUGAUUUCCGAGGAAGAGACUUUGUGGUCCAGGUGCUGGAUAAGUACAACCCCCCCGACCACUUCCUGCCAGAGUCCUACACGUGUUUCUUCCUCCUCAAGCUGCCCAGGUACUCGUGUAAACAGGUCCUGGAAGAGAAGCUGAAGUACGCCAUUCACUUCUGCAAGUCCAUUGACACAGACGAUUACGCCCGCAUCGCCCUGUCCGGCGAGCCCGCGGCCGACGACAGCAGCGAGGACUCCGACAACGAGGACGCCGACUCGUUCGCGUCAGACUCCACCCAGGAUUACUUAACGGGACACUGAAGGGCCGCAGAGAGACUGCUGGUCUCGUGUGUCGAUGCACACAUACAUAGAAACACUGCAAAGACACAAAUGUCUGUGUGUGGGGGGGGCGGGGGUGUGCAAUGAGCUUUAAAAGCGUUAUAAGCUAAAGAGAGGAACGAACACGGCCUCACUCUGGGUUAGUUUCUGAUUGUUGUGUUACAGAAUUAUGUGUAUUAUUCCAGCUGAACUAAAAAAAACAGGCUCCAGCCUAGCACUGUGGUAGAUCCCCUCUGGUUUGUGUGAGUUUCCUCUCCGUAGGGUGUAUAUAGAAGUUCAUGUGCGAAAAACAGUAGUGUUUUUGUUUCUUGGUAAUGUUUCUUUAUAAUAAAUUUAAAAAAAGUUUUUAACUUAAAGUCAGUGUUUCUCACCAGGCUCAGUCCGAGCCCACUGAAGGGUCAUUUUAAGAUUCCUGUACCCCGCCCCUCCCCACAACCAUGUCUGUGCACCAUCUCCUUAACAAAUGUACAUAAUGCGACUGUGCCAUGUAUUCACAGGUCUCAUUCCUGCUUAUUAAAUGUAAUCUGAUUAA